AUGACCGGGAAACCCCAUAACAAUACGAAUCCUCGCAAAUUUAAGGAAAAAAUAGAGCUUCUUCGUCAGAAGGAAGCACAAUUAACGGCCAAUUUCAUGGAGGUUAUGCGUGGAAUUCCUACUCUUACUCGCAACGUGGUCACUUAUUCAGAUUUAGCUAAUAAAGAUUUAUCUCCCACUGGCAAUAUGUCACCAUCUCCGAGAAUAUCUCUAGACGCCGCUAAACCCGCUGGUGGUUACACUCGUGGUAUGGAUAAGUCAGACAGUUAUCAGUACGCUCUUGAAGCAGCCAGCGGCACGACAAAUCGAAGUCACUAUGGCAACAGUGGGGGUCUUGAUUCUGGUGGAGGGGGUGAAAGAGUGUCGAUAUCAAACCAAAUUUCCGGGACGGAUGAAUCAACGGCAGAUACACACACUCAGGGAAGAAAUCGAGAGACUUCAAAGGCCAGGAAUUGGAGUCGAAAUCAAUCCAGUGCAGAUUCGGGCGAUUCUGGCCUCGUAUCUCAAAUCUCCCCUCUACGAGGUCCACAGAAUUCAUUAUCCCCAUCUGUCUCCUAUCAGCCCAAUCUUGCCUCCAUCUCCGUUUCUCCUCAUUCCCCCUCUCCAUCCUCCCUUCCUCCCACGUCUUCUUCCAGCCUUCCUGUUCCACCGACUGCAUCUCAAUUUUAUCCCUCUGCUGAACCCUCUCCAUCCACCAAUCAACGCCAGCAGUUCCAUCCGCCUGCAGCGCCUCCCCCCGUUCAACCUACACAUUCUGCCAAUCGCCACACGAUUAUCGCUGAUUACGGAUGGGGUGAUAGUGGCAAUCCUGUAGAUGGGGAAUCUGGUGCUAUCCCAAGUGGUAUGAGUCUAAUGGACUACCGAAGAACUUACUCAGAUUCCUGCAUUCCUAGUUCCUUUGCUGAACCCAAUCGUCGGUUUCAACAGCAAAGUGGCGUUCUGCAGUAUCACCAACAGCUCGUUCAAAAUCAAGGUCCACCGUAUCCUCCACCUCCCCUACAACCUCAGCCUGUCCAAACUCUUCCCCCGGUUAAUGAAUUCACCUUUUCGCGAUAUCAAAAUACGAACAACCCCGCUGGAACCUCAGCAAUUAGUUCUAACGCAGCGUCAAUUACAGUUGGUGGGUCAUACUUUAAUGGAACGGGGUCUUCUUUAUCUCCGCGGUGCAGGCACCAAUCAUCCAUAACCGUCUCCCACCAACAUCAACAGAACCCUUCCUGGAGAAAGCUACAGCCGGAUUAUCAUAGUAUGCGUAAUAUACCUCAGAGAUAUGCCCCACUGCAUCAUCAUCAUCAUAACCACCAUCAUCAAAUGAUGCCAAUAACUCCACAACAACAGUCACAUCAGCAACAACAACAAUUGUCAACAUCAGAAGCUAUGUCGAUGGAAGGGUAUGAGAGUUAUGGAAGUGGUCAGAAUGGCGUCUGGGGAGUGAAUGGAAAUGGAAAUGGAUAUUCUGCCUCAGUGCGUGAUUUACCAUCGUCUAUGAAUACUUCUCGGCUAAGGAGGUAA